AUGAAUGAGCAGAGCAGUCUACUAGUUCAAUUGCCAAUUGCUUUUGCCUUUUUCUUGGAGAUCUGGAAACUGAUGCGUAUUUCGAAGUUCUGCUUUAAUUGGCCUCCGGCCAUCCAUACUGCCCAGAAAGUUGUGAGAUCCUCCUCAGAUCCCAACUCUCCUAAACUAGAUGCCGGUGACUCCAACAGUCUAGACUCGAGUAGCAAAGAAAAUAGCAGGCCUGGACCUGGCCUGUCUGGGCUCGUUCAUUUCGGUGAGAGAUCAAUUGAGGAGAAAGCGACGGAUGAAAUUGACGCCCAAGUGAUGCGAUGGCUAUUCUGGAUUGUUUUACCUCUGGCCAUUGCAUAUGCUGGGUACUCUCUAGUGUAUCAAGAGUUUUCAAGGUCAGUAGCAGAGGGCCAAUUUUUAUCUCCCUUUAUCAGUUUCCAAUGCGUUUUCCAACCUCUUAAGUUGGCGCUCAUGGAUUCUCCAUACUCUCGUUAA